AAUGUAGUGCAAUCGCCCCUUGAUAAGUCAUGCUCCUUGGUCAAUCAUGGUCAUUGAAUUUGUCUACUUAUUCCAUUCCAGCUUUUGAAGCCCCAGGUGGAAAAGAAAAGGAGAGAAAGAAUUAAUACCAGCCUGGAGAAGCUAAGGAUUUUCUUAUCUCAAGCGAUGAAGAUUGAGAAAUUACAGAAUCCAAAGAUUGAGAAAGCAGAGAUCUUGGAAUAUACCGUUCAGUUUCUCCAGUCCACGAUGAAGCCCUCUGAGAUGCCUCAAGAUAACUUCAGUCAGGAAUACCAAUCUGGCUUCCAGCAUUGCCUUCAAACUAGCUUGCACUUAAUAAACUCCAGCCAGCAACUGUCUUGUGUAAGCAAGGACUUCCUCUUCCAACAGUUAUCGCUAAACCACCCUGAGGUGUCUUCAUCACUGGACCACCAAUAUCUCACACUCCACAAGGUAUCGUCUACAUUUAGUCAAAAGACAUCUCCACAACGUGACUACUCAUUAAAAUCCCCGGGGGACCAUAAAAAUAACCUAGUUAUUGCUCAAAGCGGACUUUCUUCUGAUCAAAAGUGGAGCUCUUGGAGACCAUGGGCCUAAUAGAACUAUUAAGUGGACCUUACUGGGAUACAUACUCAAAUGCCGCGUAAUCAAGAUCGGACAUUCCGACAACAAAACCGUGGCUUUUUUUCCUACGGAUGUUGGCUCAAACUUGUCUUGUAUACACAC